CGGACCCGGGCCUACGCGCACGCAACCAUGUCUAAGGGACCCGCUGUCGGCAUCGAUCUGGGCACCACCUACUCGUGCGUGGGCGUCUUCCAGCACGGCAAGGUGGAGAUCAUCGCCAACGAUCAGGGCAACCGCACCACCCCGAGCUAUGUCGCCUUCACUGACACCGAGCGACUCAUCGGUGACGCUGCAAAAAACCAGGUGGCGAUGAACCCCACCAACACGGUUUUUGAUGCCAAACGACUGAUUGGACGUAGAUUCGAUGAUGCUGUUGUCCAGUCUGACAUGAAGCACUGGCCCUUCAUGGUGGUGAAUGAUGCCGGCAGGCCCAAGGUGCAGGUGGAAUACAAGGGGGAGACGAAGAGCUUCUACCCAGAGGAGGUGUCCUCCAUGGUCCUGACCAAAAUGAAGGAGAUUGCGGAAGCCUACCUUGGCAAGACUGUUACCAACGCUGUGGUCACAGUGCCCGCCUACUUCAACGACUCUCAGCGGCAGGCCACCAAAGACGCCGGAACCAUCGCCGGUCUCAAUGUUCUUCGGAUCAUCAACGAGCCAACUGCUGCUGCUAUUGCUUAUGGCCUGGACAAGAAGGUUGGAGCUGAAAGGAAUGUGCUGAUUUUUGACCUGGGAGGUGGCACUUUCGAUGUGUCUAUCCUCACAAUUGAAGAUGGAAUCUUUGAGGUCAAGUCCACAGCUGGAGACACCCAUCUGGGUGGAGAAGACUUUGACAACCGCAUGGUCAACCAUUUCAUCGCAGAGUUCAAGCGCAAGCAUAAGAAGGACAUCAGUGAGAACAAGAGAGCAGUCAGGCGCCUGCGCACUGCUUGUGAGCGGGCUAAGCGCACCCUGUCUUCCAGCACCCAGGCGAGCAUUGAGAUAGAUUCUCUGUAUGAGGGAAUCGACUUCUACACCUCCAUUACCCGGGCUCGAUUUGAAGAGUUGAAUGCGGACCUUUUCCGUGGCACCCUGGACCCUGUUGAGAAGGCCCUUCGAGAUGCCAAGUUAGACAAGUCGCAGAUCCAUGACAUAGUCCUGGUGGGCGGUUCCACCAGAAUUCCCAAGAUCCAGAAACUGCUCCAGGAUUUCUUCAAUGGGAAAGAGCUGAACAAGAGCAUCAACCCUGAUGAGGCUGUGGCCUAUGGGGCAGCUGUGCAGGCAGCCAUCCUGUCUGGAGACAAGUCUGAGAACGUUCAGGAUCUGUUGCUGUUGGACGUCACUCCCCUCUCCCUGGGCAUCGAGACUGCUGGUGGAGUCAUGACUGUGCUCAUCAAACGCAACACCACCAUUCCCACCAAGCAGACGCAGACCUUCACCACCUACUCAGACAACCAGCCUGGUGUGCUCAUUCAGGUUUAUGAAGGUGAACGUGCUAUGACCAAGGAUAACAAUUUGCUUGGCAAGUUUGAACUCACAGGCAUACCACCUGCACCCCGUGGCGUUCCUCAGAUUGAAGUCACCUUCGAUAUUGAUGCCAACGGCAUCCUUAACGUCUCUGCUGUGGACAAGAGCACUGGCAAAGAGAACAAGAUCACCAUCACCAACGACAAGGGCCGUUUGAGCAAGGAAGAUAUUGAGCGGAUGGUGCAGGAAGCUGAGAAGUACAAAGCUGAAGAUGAGAAGCAGAGAGACAAGGUGUCUUCCAAGAAUUCCCUUGAGUCUUAUGCAUUCAACAUGAAAGCAACCGUUGAAGAUGAAAAACUUCAGGGCAAGAUCAAUGAUGAGGACAAACAGAAGAUUCUUGAUAAGUGCAACGAGAUCAUCAAUUGGUUGGAUAAGAAUCAGACUGCAGAAAAGGAGGAAUUUGAACAUCAGCAGAAGGAGCUGGAGAAAGUCUGCAACCCCAUCAUCACCAAGCUGUAUCAGAGUGCAGGGGGCAUGCCAGGAGGGAUGCCAGGCGGCUUCCCUGGUGGAGGAGCUCCUCCCUCUGGGGGUGCUUCCUCAGGGCCCACCAUUGAGGAGGUGGAUUAAGCCAACCCUGGUGUAGAUGCAGCAUUGUUCCACACUAAAAGAUGGAAGGACCUAAAUUUGUAGCAAAUUCUGGCCGUUUUAAAGUUCGGCUGCUAUAGUAAAUUACUGGGCAUUCUCAAUACUUGAAUAUGGAACAUGUACACAGGGAAAGGAAGUAACAUUGCACUUUAUAUGCACUGUAUCUAAGUGGAAAAUGCAAUGUCAAAUAAAACUAUUUAAAAUUGGCA